UGAGAAUCUGAAAGCGUGUCACCCCAGAUGCGUGAGACACGGCAACCCUGAUUUCACUUGCGCCCGAGACAAAGUGAAACUUCAUCUGUGUUAUAGGAUAUAUAUCUCAUCUUGUAUUUUACUCUUAACAUGUGCACAUUUAUUUGGCAUCGCCUGUAACGGUCGGUAGGGGGGUGCGGUGCGCCGGACCUCUUAUGGUGACACAUGAAUGUAACUUAAAUUUAUCGUCAUUUCGGCUAUUAAUGAUAUGAAUGUGCAAAACAGAAUUGUGAAAAUAGGAGGGCAAAGUUCCAUUCGACAGGAUGGUUUAAAGUUUACUCGGGGAAGCAUAUUUAGACGGACCGGAAAUGGGUUUCUCUCCGAUUAACUAAUCGCAUAAUAAAACAUGUUUUGACAGAUUUUACAUGUUAGAUCAUCUCUGAAAAGAAUGUUUUUGAUGGAAAAAUUCCAAAAGUAACAUCAACGAUUAGCGAUGUCUCAUGUCUGUAUUAACGUAUGUAUACAGCUGUAUUUAUUGGUUUGUUUUCUAAUGAUAUUGUCAGCAGAGAUCUCUGCCGCAAAGAAUGCUGAAGAUAUACGAUGUAAAUGUAUUUGCCCCCCAUACAAGGAUGUGAAUGGCAAGAUCUAUAACCAGAAUGUCUCACUCAAGGACUGCAAUUGCUUACAUGUAGUGAAACCCAUGCCUGUGGAAGGAAAAGAUGUGGAGGCUUACUGUCUGCACUGCGAAUGCAGAUACGAGGAGCGGAGUUCUGGGACUAUAAAAGUAACCAUCAUCGUUUACCUGUCCCUCCUGGGCCUGCUGCUGCUCUAUAUGGUCUACCUGACCCUACUGGAGCCCACACUGAAGAGACGGCUGUUUGGACACUCGCAGCUCAUCCAGAGUGAUGAUGAUGAUGUUGGGGACCGGCAGCCCUUCGGCAACACGCGUGACGUGCCGUCCCACUCCAACGUGCUGAACAAGGUGGAGCACGCACAGCAGCGCUGGUGGAGGCAGGUGCAGGAGCAGAGGAAGUCUGUCUUUGACCGGCACGUGGUGCUUAGCUAAGCCGAACGUGUCGUAUGAUGCGAAGCAUGAAACAAAUCACUGCGACUGGGUCCCUAUCACACCCUCAUGCCUGUUUUUAAGGCUUCACGGUGGUGAGGAUGAGCAACAUCUUUGCCUCAGUGUAAUAUUGUUUGCAUUUCUAGUUUUUUGCCUGACAUUCCAGUGUUGUGAGCUCAGGUUUGAUCAGAAGGUGGCCCCGUUUCCCCACAAAUGGUAUUGCCAAAGGUAGGAGGUGCUUUGACCAUUUGUGUACUUCCAUGACUAAGGGUGAUGCUUUAUCAUGUAUCCUGCCAUUGAUUCAAAAGUAUUGAGACUUUGCAGGAGUAAAGCUUUUCAGUUGCAUCAGCAUUGUUUACAUUACCUGUACCUUUUCAGAAAAGCAUGUACAGGAUUCUUAUUGCGUAUAAAAAAAUAUGAGGACAUUGAUAAUCAGUUUUAGCCAAAUGUUUUCCAAAUCCCUUUGUGAAUUCUGAUGAUUUCUGUAUUUCUCAUAUUUCCUUUUAUCGAUAUAGUAAUAUUAGAAAAUACGUUUAUGAAAAUAUAGACUAACAGUGUGAUCCACAAAGUGUUGCUUGUGGGAAUACAAUUGAUUAAACAAACUGCUUAACCAUGUA